AUGCGAAUCUUGUGGCCCCAGCUUUGUUUCCUUUCGGCGGUCCUGCUCCAGCAUCUAUGCUAUGGAAAGCAACCGCCUCUCCCGAACAUCAUCCUCGAAAUGCUUAAAAGAAAUGUUGAUUGGAACCGGGACCCGUGUGAUAAUUUCUAUCAGCAUGUAUGUCCAAUUUCGGCGACCGGACCAUUCGUCACACCCGUGCCAUUUCCCCAAGACGUCAUUGAAUACAUCGAAGGCCUGCGCAACGCUAGUGGACUCGAGGCA